AUGUCUUCGGCGGUUCGCAGUCACCCCCCGCCUAACCUGACCACCGUCUUCUGCUCCGGGGGUAAUGACUUGAUCAACACAAACGACCAGGCCAUGGACAUGGACGGAAUGGACAUCGACUCCACCGCAGACAUGCUCAACUUACCGACCGAAUCAUCACCAGCAGCAACAGCAGUAGCAACAGCAACAACAUGGCCAACUCGCACCGCAGAAGGUAUCUCCCGCCACAUUUUCCUCGUUGACAUAACAGACCUCUACAACUGCAACCCCAGUGAACUCAACAUCCUGGAAUCUGUGCACCUGCACCUAGACACCCGCCUGAGACUGGGGAACCUGUCCGAUCCCAUCCUCCCAAACCCGCCUCAGUGCUGGCGCCUGCGCAUUGCCAUUGACACGCGCUCCGAUGAUCGGGGCGAUGCGCUGGCGGAUAUUGUCUUUCGGCUCUCAGCGAUGCAGGAUAUGAUUCGGGAUGGGUUGGGUUGGUUUACGGGGUUGCCCUGGGAGCAUAAGCAUUUUGAGGUCGUGGUGUUGCGGCCGAGGUGA